GAGAGGGUGGGGGGGGGGAUUAUAGUCCCCCUCACCCUCCCUCUGAUAGGCAUUUGUCACAUCUCGAUUCAUAUUUCCAUCCUAAACUUCUGUUUAACACCUGUAAGCGAUCAGCUGUAAGCUGUAAGCUAUCCCAUAAACAAAUGUCUUGACGUGAGAGAGAGAGAGAGAGACAGAGACAGAGACAGAGAGCAGAGAGAGAGGCAGAGGCAGAGAGAUAGAGAGACAGAGACAGAGAGAGAGAAAGACAGACAGAGAGAGACAGAUAAAGCAAAUAUUUCAUUGUAGCUAUGCACAUUAAACUGACAAAUAUCCUCUUCGCUCGCUAUCAUGCGCCUAAGAGUCACUUACGAACCUCAGUUCGCCCUCUCAACACAGCAACACUCACCCCGACAACACAAGGAGUCAGAAGAGCCGCAGUACACAGCGGUGACCACGAGGGAGACACAGAACCUGUCCCCGGGGGUGAGAACAACACAGGACACUCAAGGUGUACUGACGCCCUCUGAAGACAGCACAGAACACACCAAGAAAUAGCAUUAAAGUCAAGAGUAUACUGUUCACUGACCACACCACUCAUUACUAGCAAGAGACCACAGCUCUCAUUACUAGCAAGAGACCACACCACUCAUUACUAGUAAGAGACCACACCACUCAUUACUAGCAAGAGACCACACCACUCAUUACUAGCAAGAGACCACACCACUCAUUACUAGUAAGAGACCACACCACUCAUUACUAGCAAGAGACCACACCACUCAUUACUAGCAAGAGACCACACCACUCAUUACUAGCAAGAGACCACACCACUCAUUACUAGCAAGAGACCACAGUACUCAUUACUAGCAAGAGACCACACCACUCAUUACUAGCAAGAGACCACACCACUCAUUACUAGCAAGAGACCACACCACUCAUUACUAGCAAGAGACCACAGUACUCAUUACUAGCAAGAGACCACACCACCCAUUACUAGCAAGAGACCACACCACCCAUUACUAGCAAGAGACCACACCACCCAUUACUAGCAAGAGACCACAGCUCUCAUUACUAGCAAGAGACCACAUUACUCAUUACUAGCAAGAGACCACACCACCCAUUACUAGCAAGAGACCACACCACUCAUUACUAGCAAGAGACCACACCACCCAUUACUAGCAAGAGACCACACCACUCAUUACUAGCAAGAGACCACACCACUCAUUACUAGCAAGAGACCACACCACUCAUUACUAGCAAGAGACCACAGUACUCAUUACUAGUAAGAAACCACACCUCUCAUUACUAGCAAGAGACCACAAGAGCACCAUGACUAAGUAGUGACGCAAGCACCGAACCCCCCUCGGCCGGACUUCCGGACUUAGCCCGGGCAAGAUGACGGCCGGCUCCGACUCCAAGUCCAAGAAGGACAGGAGAAAAUCCUGCGCGGUCUCCACCACUCAGGCCGCUGUAGAAGAGGAGCUGGCCUCUGCCAACCCCAACCAGCGCAAUUGGAAAGGCAUCAUCAUUGCCGUGCUGGUGAUCUGCUUCGUGCUGGGCAUGAUCGUGACCUCCGUGCUGCUGCUGACCCCGCCUGAUGACGGGCCCAGGGUCAAAGGUCGCAGGUUUGAGUUAGAGGACAUACUGGGCGACAACUUUAAGCUACACGUCUUUAACGGCAGCUGGAUAUCAGGCUCUUCCCUUGAGCCUGUCUUAACUGUUCUUCUCCCUGCAAGACCUCUGGCUAUCAUGACAGAUCGAUAUGAAUCCUACUCGCACAACUUCGUUUGUGCGACUCCUAAAGCAGAACAGAAGCAGCCUGAAUGGAAUGCCUUGUUCCACGGGGACGUGAACAGUCAAGCAAACGCCCUCACCCAGACGCAUACUAGAUCUCCAGCACAAAUAUAUUCCUCACUGGCAAUCUUCUCGGAAAAUGAAACUGGUUCAAAAGUGGGCUAUUAUAUCCAAGUGAGAAUUAGAAACGAAGAAAGCUUGCACGGAGAAGAGUUGUAUCCAAAGUUUGAUGGUCUCUGGUUAAAGAGACCAUCAUCUUUAUAUUCAUCUGAGGACACAAUCCUACUACUAAACCGAGAUGGGACUGUCGCGACCAUCAAUCAGGAAAAGACUGAUUUACUGGCAAACCACUUUGCUACCAAGAGCAAGUCCCUGAUCCUGAACGACAACCUCCUCAUCUUCAUGCACUUGCCUCAUGAUGCUGACGGGUGUCUGCGUCUCUCCUGCAGGCACCACUUCCCUCUGACGCCCACGCCAGAUGACCGGGGCCACCCGUCGCUGGUGCUGGCCAGGUGGGCGCCGGUGGGGUCGGGGCUGGUGAUGGUCGACGACCAGUACAACAUCGUGUACAAGCGCGCGGCCAACACCCCCGAGGUCCACCGGAUCACCGACACCGGUCGCCCCGGCCUCCUCUACAACGGCGUCCCGGACUGGGUCUAUGAAGAGGAGAUCCUUGGGAGCAACAGCGCCGUGUGGUUCUCCCAAGACGGCAACAUGCUGGCCUACGCCUCCAUCAACGACACCCUGGUUGACACCGUGCCCAUCCCUCAGUACGGCUCCUACCAGCAGUACUCGCUCAUACGAUCUGAAGAAUAUGAUUGUAUAUCUAAUUUUUGCUUGUUUUUGGAAUUGCAGCCUGGCCAAGAGAACCCGAAGGUCACCCUGUGGGUAGUUGACCUGAGGGCGAUCAAGCUACGCGACCUCAAGCCCCCGAACUUGGUCAAAGACCAGUUAGUGCACUCCGCAGUGUGGGAUCACUACUUCACUGCUGUGACGUGGGUGGACGCUACCACCGUCAGCGUGGUGUGGAUGAACCGCGCCCAGAACACCUCCGUCGUCACCCUCUGCGCCCACCCCAUGUACUUCUGCGAGGCGACACACACGGAACAGUCUGGUGACCACGGCUGGGUGGAGCUCUACGAGGCGCCCAUCUUCUCCGAAGACGGACAGAACUACCUACUGCGUCUUCCCGUGCGUGACGGCGAAGAAGGCGAGUUUAAGCACGUCAACCUGUACAGUCUGCGCAUGCGUCGGGUCAUACCCAUCACCCACGGGGCCUUUGAGGUCACCGAGAUCCUUGGCUGGGACCAGAACAACAAUUACAUUUACUACAUGGCAACCAUGGAAGACAAGCCAGGAGAGCGCCAUCUGUUCCGUGUCGCUGACGUCUCGUCGCCAAUGCUUCGAAUCCCCGAGUGCUUGUCAUGUCUGGAGGCGGACAACACGACGGACGCCUGCCUCUACAACAAGGCCCACCUCUCCCCGGACUACGCCUUCUUUGUCCUCGAGUGCCUUGGCCCAGAGGUGCCCAGAACCUACCUCUUCUCCACAUGGAACAGUCAGGCUGGUCACAAACCUGGGACAAAUAGAAGCCGGCGAUCAGCAGCUGUGAACGUGGGCCCGCGGUUAAUACCCUCCGCGUACCCUCUACCUUCCAAAAUGUUUAUUAUACGUUGGCAAGCCACAGCUGGUGAUUGGGUCGGGUGCCCCACAGAUGAUCUACGUUUGGAUGACUAUAGUGAGCUGCGAGAGAGAGUGGAGGAGAUGGCCAUGCCUCAGGUGCAGACCUUCCGUGUGGAGCUGGAGGAGGAGGUCCCUUACACCUACCACGUCCAGCUCUUCCUUCCCCCUGGGCUAAGGGAGGACGAAAUCACAACCUAUCCCAUGGUUGUUCAAACGUACGCUGCGCCGGGAGCCCAGGCAGUGACAUCGAAGAUGAGGAUCUCCUGGGGCACCUACCUGGCCUCCAAGAAAGACAUCAUAUAUGCCAUGAUUGAUGGCCGUGGGUCGGGUUUCCAAGGAGACAAGAUCAAACAUGAGGUAUACCGAGCCCUCGGGGGGAAGGAGGUGGACGACCAGGUGGCGGUGGCCAGGUACCUACGGGACAAUCUACACUUCGUGGAUGAACGCAGGAUUGCCAUCUGGGGCUGGAGCUACGGCGGCUAUGUCACCACCAUGGCCCUGGCUCGCGAUGCUGACCAGGUCUUCAGCUGUGGCAUCGCAGUUGCUCCAGUUGCUCGCUGGGAACACUAUGAUUCUGUGUACACAGAGAGGUACAUGGGCUCCCCUCACGUGUACCCUGGCAGCAACUACAAGGGCUACGAGGCUGCCGAUGCCACCAAGGUGGCUGGCAACCUCAAGGAGAAGAUGUUCCUGCUUAUCCACGGCACGGCAGAUGACAACGUUCAUUACCAACACUCCAUGAUGUUGGCCAAGGCUCUUGUGGACGAGGGAGUCCUUUUCCAGCAGAUGACGUACGCCGACGAGAACCAUGGUCUCACCGGUGUGAAGGCGCACCUCUACCGCACUAUGAACAAGUUCCUCUCAGACUGCUAUCGUCCCUCCAUCAAGGAGCUCUAUUUCCUCAUCAAAAAAAAGAAAACGGAAAUUGAAGAGAUUGGUUACCUUUAAAUACGGUGGCGUCAGAGGGGGGUAAUAGAAGUUUAUUAGGUCCUUAAGUCCUUAAUAGAGGUUCUUAGGUCCUCAAUAGAGGUUCUUAGGUCCUUAAUAGAGGUUCUUAGGUCCUCAAUAGAGGUUCUUAAGUCCUUAAUAGAGGUUCUUAGGUCCUCAAUAGAGGUUCUUAGGUCCUCAAUAGAGGUUCUUAGGUCCUCAAUAGAGGUUCUUAGGUCCUCAAUAGAGGUUCUUAGGUCCUCAAUAGAGGUUCUUAGGUCCUCAAUAGAGGUUCUUAGGUUCUUAAGUUUAUGCCAGGUGAACGACAUGCCAUGCCAGAGUGUCUUCUGCGGUGUGUGUGUGUGUGUGUUGAGAUCUCUCACUACAGUGUCCUCGUCAGAUACAUGAGGACAGCAUUGGUUGAUAUGAUAACACGUAGAGAUAGAUGAUAGCCAACUUUUAAUAUUUAAAAGUUGGAAACCUCAAAAUUUAUUUUAAAUAUGUGGAAAAUGGGAUUUUCAGUUCAAAUAACCUCAGUUCUUUGUUGGUUGAUUAUUUGAGAUAGGUUAUCCUGGAAUUGAAGUACAAUUGAUGAGAGAGAACGCCUCUACUAUAAUGCUGAACUCUUCAGAACACUGCACUGGUUGCAGAUGAUAAUAUUUGACUAGUAAUUAGGCUUUCAUUAACGAGUGAUAAUACUGAGGACUAGCCGGUAAUAAUUAUAAUCUAAAACUAUUUUAAUGUUUAAUUUUGUACAUAAAUAUACUGUAUAUAUUUAUAUGUAUAAAUUUUACUGAUAUUGUUGAAACGUCAAUAAUUCCCUUUUUAAAAUUACUAAUAGGCGUAAGUAAUUAUUUUCUCAUGGUCCAGCAGUAGACAUUAAAUCAUAUAUUAGUUAGGUAAUAUUUCAUUCAUGUAAGAAACACCACAAAGAUGGUGACGUCUACUUAAGAGUUACUUAAGAGUUUUCAAUAACAUUUCGGUUUCAGUCUUUACCUUCUAAUAUAAAUAAUUUUCUGAUAGAUAUAUAACCCCGGCAGGCAAAACAUGAUCGAGUAAAGGCUAAUCAAACUUUUAAAACCCCGUAAGAUCAAUUUCGGAUCAAUAUUCGAUGAAUCGUUAAUCAACUUUGGAUCAACGGUUAAUGUUUGAUCAACGUUGAAUCAAUGUUGAAUAAACUUUUAUAAUGUGUUGGGUCAACAUUUAAAUCAACAUCCUUUAUCUAGGUUUGCCCGUGGGGAGAUGUGUGGUUUCACUUAUGAGCACAAAAUGGGUCCAUUAUCACCCUUCCAUAGAAACCCAUUCACCAGACAAAAUAAAAUAGUUGGCCACUUCCAUGGCUCACGCAAAACCACUUUUAUUAAUAAAACUUUUGUAUUUUUUAGGAUUUAUUCCAUUUGUUAUAGGUAGGCUGCAUCAGUUUUCUGUCCUAGAUUGACAAAAAUGUAGUUCUUAAAAAAACUUAACUGCAAAUUCAAAAUACAUUAAAAGUAUAUACAGAGUGCAUUUUCUUUUGGGGGGAAGCUUCACUUAAAUUACCUUCAUGUAAAAACUUUGGAUUUCACUGCCUGAAGUAGGAAAUUAUAUAACAAAAAUACUUUUCCUUAACAGGAUCUUCAAAUGUUUGUUAAAUAUAUAAUUUCAUGUAUGGCAUUUCCUCAAGUGAUGUGGUUUUACUCUAAUAUAACAUUGCACUCAUUAACACUUCUUAAAUCCACAGUGUUGAUACAAAUAUGUUUAGAAGGUGUGGUCGAACGCACUCUGCCUCAGGAAGGGUAAAAGUUGUCACAUGACUUUCGGUGAGAACUUAAAAAGAGUUGUAUAUGUUCAUUUAAAUACGCAUUAUGUUUGCCUUCAGGGAAAUUAAUUUUUUGUGUGUACUGCAAAUCACUCUAGAAUAGUUAUCAGUUCAUUUGAUAGGCUUUCAGUAAUUUGAGCUGUUUGUAUAUGAAGGAUUGUAUGCUGACUGGUUCUAUAUGCAGAUCGGUUCUGUAGGCUGAAUGGUUCUGUAUGCUGACUGGUUCUGUAUGCCGACUGGUUCUGUUUGCUGACUGGUUCCAUAUGCAGAUCCAACCACCUAGGCUGGACGUAGAGCGACGGUCUCGCUUCGUGCAGGUCGACGUUCAAUCUCGAAUCGUCCAAGUGGUUGAGCACUCACACCUUUCCUCCCAUCCCAUCCCAAAUUCUUAUCCCGACCCCUUCCAAGUGCUACAUAGUCGUAAUAACAUGGCUAUUCCUGAUAAUACCUCCUGAUGAUGAUACCUCCUGAUAAUUCCCUUCUCUAUACUGAUUGGUUCUGUAUACUGUCAGGUCCGGCACAGUUAAAUUUACAUAUACUCUUAAACACAUUUCUGUUAGUAUUGUUUAUCGAAUACUUGCAAUAUGUGUUUAUUAGAGCUUAGGUAACUAAUUGUCAUAACUGAGAAAGAAACUGCACAGCAUUUAUCAUUCAUAUGACAAAGAGAUCAUAUACAUUGUGCUAUAUCAAUUCAAACUCGUAAGUAAUCUCCAUGCAAAAUAGAUAGAUCAUUAAGUGGGAUUUAAGGCCGGUUACUUAAUCCCCCAUCAUAAGUAUGUUGUAUAAUACUACUAUCAUAACUUAGUUUUAUUGUUUCCAGUCAAUUCAGUCAUUAAAUUAAAUAUUAGACAGUUUCACCUGUGAUCAUUAUAUAGAUUACAGUUUUUUUAUAUAAUCACUAGGAUUUCAGGAAGGAGUUUGAACUAGGUACAGUGGGUACAUAUCAUUUAGACCUUGACUGCAUGGUCUGAAAAAACCUUUAAGCCAGGAUAUCUAACCCAUGUUUACCUGCCAUCCUCCUUACUUUCCCCAUGCCCACAUACCUCCCACCCCCCCCAUGCCCUCAUACCUCCCCCCCAUGCCCACAUACCUCCUCCCCCAUGCCCACAUACCUCCUCCCCCCAUGCCCACAUCCCACCUUCCCCAUGCCCUCAUACCACCUCCCCCAUGUCCUUAUACCACCUCACCCAUGCCCAUAUACCUCCCCACCCAUGCCCACAUACCUCCCCACC